GGAGUUGUCAGCAGGCAACAAUACUCCUGAACAAUUGCGUGCAUCGUUGGCUGCUUCUCUCCUUAUUAUAUAGACAUACCUCCAGCUUUGUAAUCUCCUUAUCGUACCUGGCCUGCUCGAAUGCAUUCCUAAGCGCGUGAGCUUCCUGACAGCAUCGUGCAUGUUUUGCGUCUUCUCUAAGAUAUACCUAUAUACAUCUGGAAUCAAUGGCGAACGCACUUUUCCAGAUGACUUCCUCGCGGUGAUGUCGGCGCUGUUAGGUGUCGGUCUAGGUCAACUGAUGGGACACUGCACUUUUUUCGUCCAAAAGAGGCAGUUUGAUUCGAUGGCAGACUACGACCUAACAGGACCCAGUGGGCCCAUUUUGUUCAUACUACCCUAUAUAACUGAGUGGCCCUGGUCAUUGGUCAUCCUCUACUCCGGUUACUCAAUCUUUUUUCCCUGUUUGACUUUCCUUCCAUCGAAGGGGUUUUGGCCGGAGGGAAAUACUCUUCUGUCGGACAGAGAGAGAUUCCUUGACUACUUCUUUCCGAGUACAGAGGCUAGUUUGACCGAUCUGGAUCAAGCGACUGCGCUGCUCGCUAGGAUGACGAUGCUUGGUUUCAGUCUAUACAGCGCUGCCGAUGCACAUUACAGGCCAUGGUGGGAGGAAGUGAGAAAGAGACGAGAAGAGAUUUCAAGAGAUGAAGAACGUCACAUAAGCGACUUGAUUCAAAGGUAUCAACUAGUGGGUCGACCAGGUCGAAGCCGAGUGAAGAUGGCAUGAAGUUGCGAAGCUGGAAUAGAACUGUGUGAACAUGUGAAAACAAGUCAACGGUGAACUUAAAUAUUCGAGUCACAGCACAAUUCAUGAUGCAGGAUUCUGGACAAGCUUUGGAAAGGAUUUUGGAGUUGUAGUGAUGGCGGAAAUGCGUUUCGGACUAGAGGUGUCUUGAUAUUGUUCCUUACUUUCUUCUAAAAGAUUACCCGCAAGAGUAAUGACGCUUAGGGAUCUAAUAUUAGUCUUCUGGAGCUUUGCCUCUGCCUAUGUUGAACAACAUCGGAAUACACAAGGGUAGAAAGUUGAGAAUGUGCAGAAGAAGGGUUUCAUCUAGAUUAUGU